AUGGAUGGAGACUGUCAGAUAAAGCGGCGGGACGGCGGGACGGCGGGACGGCGGGACGGCGGGACGGCGGGGGGCGCCCUGUGCAAGGAAUGCCGGAUUGCUCACCCUGUUGUGAAGUGCACCUACUGCAGGACUGAGUGCCAGCAGGAGAGUAAAACCAAUACAAUAUGCAAGAAAUGUGCUCAGAAGGUGCACGCUUAUGGAACGCCUAAGCCUUGUCAAUAAAUUGCAGCAUUUAUUGGCAAUAAAUGCCAGCGCUGCACGAAUUCAGAGAAGUAUGGACCUCCAUAUUCUCGUGAACAGUGUAAGCAGCAGUGUGCAUUUGACAGGAAAGAUGAUCUAAACAAGGUAGAUGGGAAGUUGCUGUGUUGGCUGUGCACACUGUCUUACAAGCCUGUCCUUCAGAAGACCAAAAAGCAGAGGAAACAUCUGAGCAGCUCUUCUCGAGCCAGCCAUCAGGAGAAGGAGCAGUACAGUCGCCUGAGUAGUGGCAGCCAUUACAACAGCUUUUCCCCAGAUCUGGCUCUGGAUUCACCUGGCACUAACCAUUUGGUCAUCAUUGCCCAACUGAAGGAAAAGGUAGCCACUCUGAAGAAGAUGCUGCAUCAGAAGGAUCAAAUGGUCUUAGAGAAAGAGAAGAUUACAGAGCUGAAGGCUGAUUUUCAGUAUCAGGAAUCUGACACUCGGGCCAAAAUGAAUCAAACGGAGAAAACCCACAAGGAAGUCACAGAGCAAUCGCAGGCCAAAAACCGAGAGCUUAUGAAACAGGCAGCUGCUUUGUCCAAGAGCAAGAAGUCUGAGAAGUCGGGCACCAUAACAUCUCCGUGAGGACCCCGAGAAGGCUCCC